UCCGGUGUCCUAAUAUGCUUAUCCCAUACAGGAAAAAAUCCCCUUCCACGCACAAAUCUGAAAUCACCAUCUACUCUCUCUCUAGGGUUUUUGAUUUGAAGCUGAUAUGUCAAAAUAAUGAACCACUAAUUUUGAGCACAUUUUUAUUAGAAAUGGUGGAAUGGUUGAGCCUCUCAAAUCUCUUGGAUUACCUUCGAAGACCAGCUUGAGAAUGAGAGGUUUUGAUUUGAAGUGUUUGUGUGUGUCUGUGUGAGAGAGACUGAGAGUUGGUGUAUAUGAAGAUGGGGUCUAAUAAGAAAGCUAGGGUUUUGGAAGGUGGGGUUUUUGGUAGUGGCAGAGUUGGUAAUUUUGGUGUUGAAAAUUUAGGAAAUGGGAACAGUGAUUCUUGGGGAACUAGUGUUUGCUGUGAGAUUGAUAAUUCUAAAGAAAUUGAUUCUGUAUUAGAGACUGCAAGUAUGGUAUAUAGUAUGGGGAAUAGUGGUUUGAAUUUGGUAAAAAGGGUAAGUAGAGAAACAAAAAUGGGUGAAAUUGUGAGUGAUGAUUUCAAAGAAAAUGUGAAGUAUGAGGUGGGAGAUAUGGUGUGGGGAAAGGUGAAAUCGUAUCCGUGGUGGCCGGGUCAAAUAUUUGAUGAAGCAUUUGCAGUGCUUUCGGUUCGUAGAAGGAAGAAAAAAGGGCAUGUAUUGGUAGCGUUCUUCGGGGAUGGUAGCUAUGGUUGGUUAAACGCGAAAGAGCUUAUCCCAUUUGAUCCUCACUAUGCUGAGAAAUCAAUGCAAACGAAUGCAAAGGCUUUUGUGAGUGCUGUUGAGGAUGCGGAGAAUGAGGCCUGUAGAAGGGCUGCACUAGGAUUGGAAUGCCGGUGUCGCGACCCUUCUAAUUUUCAGCCUGUGGAUGCUCAUGGGUUUUAUGCGGUUGAUGUGGGAGGUUAUGACCCUCAUGGGGUGUACUCGACGGAGCAAAUUCGAAGGGCUAGAGAUGAGUUUUUUCCACUUGAGAUGCUUUCUUUUGUGUGGCAAAUGGCUUUAAUGCCAUGUAGUAAGUUGCAGGGAAAUGUUGAUUGGAUUAAAAGUAUGGCUAAAGUUCUUGCCUAUCGGAUGGCUGUGUUUGAGAAGUCCAACGAGACCUACUCACAUGCAUCUGGGAUUGAUCAAGUUUGCCCUGCAAGUUCAAAGAGGGUUUUAAAUCAGCAAGAAUUGUUGUCUCAAGCAACCUUGAGUGGUUCUCCCCAUAUUGAUGAAGCUUUUGGCAAGAAGUCUACAAGUCCUAUAAAAAUUCAGUGUAAGAGAGAUCAGUAUUUUCUUAAACAGGUUGAUGAUCCCAACAUUUUGAGAGCUGAUCACCUUGGUCAAGAGCAACUAAGUUUCCUAAGCCCAUCAAUGUAUGAGGAAGUAGCCUUGUCAGAUGGAAAGCAUGUCUUGGGAGGGAAAUAUCCACACUUUUUCAUGAAUACUGAGUUUGCAGGCAAAGAGGAUGGAAUUGACACAUUUAGCAAAUUGAGUAUGCCACUUAAUCCGGGGCUUGCUGGCAAAGAGAGUGUAACCAUGGACAAGGAAGCAGAACUUGAAUCAAAUAGGACAAAAUUAACUGACAGUUCUCAAGAUUUCCAACAAGCUCAGCCAAGAAUGCUGAAAACAGAUGAAAAUCAUAAUGGGCCUGAGAACAUGCAUUUGGCUGGCAGCAUUGCCUCUCCCUUGGACACCUCACAACCCGGUAAUGUUCUUUCUACAAAUAGUCACAAUAUGUAUAAGAACCCAAAGGCUCUUAAACGUUCUGAAGCAGACUUGAGUUAUGAGGAAGCUUAUGUGGUAGAUAUAAAUAAGAAAAAGAAAACAAAAUCUAAUUUGGAUGCAGGCAUAGGGCCUUCAUAUAAACUCCUUCAACCUGCUACAUUCAAGGCAUUGGCAAGACAAUCAACUCAAGAAUCUCGCCCAACUGCUUUAGUUCAUAGAGAGGAUUCACCAAUGGACCAACAGGACAAAGCAAUUGAAGCUUGCCAUACCAUUUCCUCUGGUUCCAUGGCUAGACAGAAAAUUUUUGGUACAAGAAAUGUUGAAACUGGACUUUCUCAGUUAAUUUCUGAUCUAUUAGCUCUUGCACUAAAUCCUUUCCAUGAUGUGGAACAGAACAGACCUGCAAUUGUGCUUAAUUUUUUUUUGCAAUUUAGAUCUAUCGUCUAUCAGGGAAACUUGGUUGUAUCUUCUUCUGAAGAGCCAGUGUUGAUUGAAACUCAGCCCAUUAAACCUCAUGUAUUUCCUCUGGCUACCGAGAGCAACCCUGUUAGGAGUGCUCAGGACCUGCCUCUUUCUUCUAAACCACCCAAAAAACGGCUGAAAUCUGAUUUUUAUGCAAAGUCUGGCCAUAUCUUCGAUUGUGGGGAAGAUAUGUCCACAAAGAGACUAAAACACCUAAAUAAGCUGAAGACAUUGACUGUAGAAAAGAAGGCUAGCAACUCGAAGCCUAUAAAGUCUCAGGGAAGAGACUGUAAGGAAAUAGGUGAGACAGUUUCAAAAAGGAAGGAAAGAAAUGUGCUAAAGAAGCCAAUUACUCCCAAAAUGGUUCCUGUACCUACAGUGCUAGCGAUGAAUUUCCCGCGUCAAUCAGCUCUUCCAUCAGUUUCAGAGCUGAAAGCAAAAUUUGCACGCUUUGGUCCCCUUGAUCAUUCUGCCUCUUAUGUGUCUUGGAAAGCCUCAAAAUGCCAUAUUGUGUUCAAAUACAAUUCUGAUGCUCAGGCAGCAUAUAGGUAUGCUGUCCAAAGUAGUUCUCUGUUUGGAAAUGUGAAGGUAUAUUACCAAUUGCAAACCCUAGAGUCUCUGGAACCAGAAUUGCAUAAGCUAGGCAAGCAGCUUGAAGAAGAGGCCCAAUAUAAGUUUCCACAUUUGUCAUCAUUGAGCAGCUGCAAUUCUGUAGAAUCAGAGUUUCAGCCAAAGUCAUCUCUGCAGAAGCCACCGGGUGAUGACUUGAGGUCCAUCACAGGUAUACCUGGUACAACCUUACACGUAAAAUUAAUGUUGGGCAGGAAUCAAAGUAGUGAAAGUGAGCAGUUUGCAAUUGAUAGUGGCAUCAAAAACUCCUAUGGUAAUAAUCCAACUGGUAGUUCAUCAUCUUCCUUUUCUACUAUCAAUGUCAAUGUUAGGAACUUCCACAAAGCUAUACCUUCACCUUUGCCUCCUCCCAUUGAUCUCCCUAACCCGAUUUCACAAUUUUUUGAGGACAGUGAGCUUCUUCAAUCUGUUCAAGCUUGUAAUUUUCAGCAUUGCCAAGUUGGGUCUAGAAACAAUCAUACGUAUUACUCCACCCCUAGCCAAAGUGUAGACAUCUCCCAUCAAAUGUUAAACCUUCUGACCAAGUGUAGUGAAAUUGUACAUGAGUUGAAGUGCUCCUUAGGAUAUGUGCCUCUCUGUCUCUGAUUAACUCAACCACUAACAUAUGACAUUGGCGAAUAGUUCAUACACUGAAGCCAUUGAUUUUCUGCAGCCAGGAAAAUAGAAGAGUAUGCAAAACACUAAACUAACCUGUUGGAGUAUUAUCAUGUGAAAAGACCCACUAGUUUGAUACUUGAGUAAGAAGUUAGUGUUAGGAAUGUACAGUUUAAACUUUAGAUAGCAUGAAGCAUGAUCUAGAGGAAUAGAAGUAGUUGGCACAUUGACAUAGUUCUGAAUAUAUGGCUAUAUUAGUUCGUCUUUAGAGAGGUGGAAAGAAAAAUUUCCUCUCUUUUUUGUCCGUAUGCCAAUGCAAAAUCUACAAGGUAUUUUAUAU